AUGCCGUCUGCCCGAUCAUCGCAAGCUUCAUCGAGCUCUAAGAGUCAGCAAAGUCAGCAAAGCACAGGAAAGCCUUCCAGGGCUUCUUCCAGGUCUUCGAAGGAUGUGGCAGAGGCCCCACAGGAGCCACAGGGAAGCCACGGAGACAAAGCACUGGUUGAGCCUGAGCAGACUGAAGCGACCGAGGCAGAGGGCCCUCCGGUGGACACCUGGCAAUCGAAGGGCUCGAAGGACUCGAAGGGCUCUAAGGACGCUAAGGAUCCCCCAGAGUCCAAGGAUCCCCCAGGGUCCAAGGAUCCCCCAGGGUCCAAGGGCGACUUGGACGACUUGGGUUCCGCAACUGGUGCACCUGCUGGUGUCCCGGGUGAGCUUGCCGAGGCCGAGCUUCUGCCAGGGCAACCCGACAGACAGGGAAUGGCAUCCCAAGACGCGUGGGAGGAGACGCUGGCCGCACCUGUGGACGAGGAGACUUUGUGGAGACCUCCACCGAUCGUAGUAGAUGUAGUAGACAACGACCCGCCACACCUUGGAGAGGAGGAGGAUACACCAGGGCCCCCUGCUUCCCGUCUCGACUCCUUUCACAUGGAUCUUUCGGACACGGAGGAUGCACCGAACACGGAAGUGCGGUUGCCCAUCAGCCCGCUCAGCGACUACGAGGGUUACGGCGUCUACGGGUCCAUGGUGCGCUUUUCAGACGGAGACUCAGCUUCACGUGAGGUGGGUGCAUGGACCCUUGACCGUCUUGACCAGUCCACUCCAGAGAACCAACCUCACUCCGAAGACAGCUCUGUGAAUCUGAAAUCCAAGUUUAAAUCGAGUCGGCUAACCACCAAGUCCUUGGGAUCUCUAGACGUUCGGAGGAAUGUCUCGUCACCAGUGCAGGGAAAUGCUUCCCAGCCACUGGGCCUGAACAUGCCUUCCUCACGGAGCCAUCGAGACCUUAUCCCGUCAGCAGAGAUGGCCCGUCGCUCGCUGACGAUCCGCAAUUCGGGUAUACCAGCGCAGGGAACCAGGCAAGAUUCCGAUCGCGCGGAGCUUCCCAGAGGCAGCAGUCUGAACAGGCUACGUCCAAUCACGUCCAUAAGGCCCCCACGAUCUCGACCUGUUUCCUGGGUGGAUCGCAGGCAACACGUGAGCGAGGUGAGGACCGCUCAGAUGGAUCUGGGCUGGGACAUGGAAGGUCACAUGCCGGACCUGUCGCACGCAGCCCCUGGCUUCCUAUCACAAGCCCACCUUCGGUCUGAAGAGUAUUGGAAGGAUCUCCUUGGUAUUGACGACGAGAGUAUCGCAACCUUCCAUUUUAUUCAGAGCGACCUUUGUGGUAAGUUCAUGGCUACCUGUAUCAUUGUGUUCGUACUCAUAGUCGGACACCGCGACACAGAUCAAUUGCCAAAGUGGGGAUCAGAGCUUGUGCACUGCAUCCUAGCAAUAAGCCUGAUUGAGAUUGCCAUGCACAUCUGCAACCACUACCAGGGGGCACCCUACAAGAAGCCGGAAGACAAGACAAUUCUACUGCUAGACUCGAUCGCGGUCUUGGUUUCCUGCUGUGAGAUCUGGAUCUUCCCAGUCGUUCUGGGUCCGAGUUUGCACUUCUCGCGCAUGGUUUGGCUCAUCCGGUUCUUGCGGGUCAUCAGCAUGAUACCCUCUCUGCGGGAGCUGACCCUGGGUGUGCUCGACGCGCUGCAGGGGUUGUUCUGGGUACUGAUGUUCCUCUUCAUCUUCGUCUACGCGCUGGCCGUGGUCCUGACCCGGAUGAUUGGGCACCACGAGCGGAGCUCGGACCCCGAUGUGCAGGAGGUGCAGGACAUGUUCGCGAAUGUGGGGAACAGCAUGUUCUAUCUCUUUCAGCUGACUAGCCAGUGGAGCUUAGUGCCGCUCUUCCCCCUUUUGAAAGCUUCUCCGGGCACCUGUGUGGGCUUCACCCUCUUCUACAUCUACUCGGGCUGGGUUAUCGUAGCAGUGAUGACUGGAACGGUGAGCUUCACGAUGAUCUCUUUCAAAGCUCGCAUGGUGCAAGAAGACGAGCUGCGUGAGGAGGAGAAGAGAAGCUUCGUGAAGCAAGUGCUUGAGGACAUCUUCAUGGCCUUGGACGAGGAUGGAAACGGGGAGUUAAGCUACGAGGAGUUUCAGGCCCUUCUCCGAUCUAAAGAAGUGUUAUUGCUGCUCUCUGACAAUACAGACAUCAAGAUCCAGGACCUUGAGGAUAUGUGGCAAUGGAUUGAUACAGACAAGAGCGGCUCUGUGACAAUCGUCGAGUUUUUCGAGGGCUUCGAGAUGCUCAACGAGCCCUUCAGGCAGAAGACACUCCUCAAGGUGCAGGAGAGGGUCUCCGGGGAGAUUCAGAUCACCUCCAAGCGCCUGCUCGAGCUCGUGACGGAGAGCCUGGAUGUCUGCUGCCACAACAUCUACACGCCCAUGAACAAGAUCCAUGCGGUCUUAGAACAGGUGCAGAUCCAGCUUCUCACUGCUCUCAAGAUCAAGCACCAGGUGGGCCUCGUGCCGGUCAACACGGAUACUGCUGAGGACCAUGCAGUGACUGAGGCCCUGAUAGGUGCUGGGCUGCAGGUCCCGGAGGUGGCCAACUCCUUGGCCAGCCUGGAAGCCCGCCUAGAGACGCAGAUGCUGGAAGCCGUGGAGCGCAUCAACAACUUCCGGGUCACCAGGACCCAACGGCAUCUGCGCUGGUCGCGGACCUCUGGGGAUCUGUGA